CGAAAAUCCUUCCUCUUCUUGUCCAUGUCGCUCCUUCCAAAUCCUUCAAAACUAUACGCUUUCAUUCGUUUCUAUUGACCCGAAUUGAACAUACAUCACAUAAUGCAUGCUCAAGCCUUACUCUCAUUUGCCAUCAUGGCUAUUACUUCGAUGGCCGCUGCCGACGUGACUGCCACUAUCCUCUUCACCGAAAUGGACCACGACGAUCUAGUUGGAAAGGUUAUCGGAACUGACGGUCCCCUAACCACGUACGUAAUCAACUGCAAUCCGAAGCCCCAGAAUGCAAAUUUCUACCAGAUUGGGGAUUGCGACAUCUCAUCGCAGGGCUGGACUGUCACCGCGGGCCCAUCCACCAUGCGUGUUGCCUUUGAUUACCCCCAUUACACCAUGAUAGAGGCAUGCUCUCUCCACGCCUCCACGUCCCUCGACUGUGCCAUCACUAUGGAUUACGGUACUUCUACUGAAGUACAGUCUGGUGGUACAGUCGGCCCAACUAGUGAUUUCUACCAGACCGUGACCAUCACCGGCACCGAAAUAGCCUCUGAAUCUACUUCCCCACAGACUUCUCCCAUUGCUACUCAUGCUACUCCCACUACUACUGGGAGUACGUCCGCCACCGCUGCCGUGGUUGAGUCGGGAAGUGCGCCACAGAAAGCCGCUGCUAUCACGGCAUCCUCAUCGGCAGAGGCUAGCCAGAGCACCAAUGCGGCUAUGGCGAAGAUAACAGGCAAUUCUAAGUGGGCUGUUGGUGGCGCUGCAGCCAUGGCGGCGAUUGCUAUGGUUUGAAGUUGAAUAGUAAUGCGACACACCGUGUUGUAAUAUCACGUCCAUAGGUUUGACUGAAAUUUCUAUGAUCUCGAUGGCUCGUGUUACCCAGCACCCUACUCAGCUAUGACUGUCUUUUACAUGGGUCCACAACUUACGAACCACAUAUGUAUGUGUAUAUAAUAAACUCUAUAGCUGUAAGGUAGUCGUCUCCCGUCUUGCAUCCAGUAUUAUAUCCGUGCAUUUGCCCCGUCAGUGCAUAAAUCAAACUGCUACGAUCCAUUUGGGAUUAGGGCUAACAAUUCCAUAUGUACAUAUAGCAUCGAUAUGUGAACCAAU